GACCAAAGUCCCAAACCAACCCUCUGUACUCGUAACAUUUUUUUCUCUUCUUCUUUCUCCUCUGUUUUUCUAUUUCUUUCUCUGUUAUUAAUCUUCGGACCCCAUUAAAAUGCUUUCCCAUUCUUCCUCAGAUUUUCAGUCCACACUAAAACCCAAGUCCCAAAUCCCCGCCCACCCUCGUUUCUGGGUCUUCACACUCACCAUCCUCUCCAUCCAAGUCCUUGUCAUCUUACUGGCCCGCAAUUCACUCUUCCCCGUCGCCGUCCAUCCGACGGAGGCGGUGUCUUUUCCGGCCACCUCCACCAGCCGGGAGGCGGAAGCGGGCGGAGGAUGUAAGUACGGCAGGGUUUACGUGUACGACCUGCCCCGGAUGUUUAACCGGGACUUGAUCCCGGAGAACUUCUCCGAUUGGCACCCUUACAAUCGGCAGAGCGGGCUUUACGUCAACGACGGGCUGGGGAAAAAGUCGAGGGCGCUCACCGGGAUCUUGCCGGUGAACAUCGCGGCGGCGUGGCAUGAUACGAACCAGUUCUCGACGGACGUGAUCUAUCACCGCCGGAUUCUGAACUACCGGUGCAGAACGAGGGAUCCGGAAUCGGCUACGGCGUUCUACAUCCCGUUCUACGCCGGACUCGCGGUGGGGAAGUAUUUGUGGGUGGAAGGCUUCGAGAAACGCGAUCGGCUCUGUACGAAGAUGCUCCGGUGGGUCCAGAACCAGACCCAUUGGAAGAAAUCUAACGGCUCAGAUCAUUUCCUCACGCUGGGGCGAAUCACAUGGGAUUUCCGCCGUCUGGAGGUGGAUGAUAAGGAAUGGGGAUCUGCCUUCCUCAACAUGCCCGGGAUGGAGAAGGUCACGCGCUUCACCAUCGAGAGAGCGUCGUGGGACGACCGCGACGUCGGUGUGCCGUACCCCACCGGAUUCCACCCCGGCUCCGAGUCGCAGCUCCGGCAAUGGCAGCAAUUUGUCCUCUCCCGGAAACGGCCCCACCUCUUCUCCUUGGUGGGAGCCCCACGCCCCAACACGGAAGGCGACUUCAGGACUCUGCUCCUCCGCUACUGCCAAAACCACUCCGACGCCAGCCGGGUGGUCGAUUGCUCUCGGACGCCGUGCGACACCCACCCGGCUGUAGUCCAAGACGUCUUCCUGAGCUCCGAUUUCUUCUUGCAGCCGGAAGGGGACAGCAAGACGAGGCGGUCCAUGUUCGACUGCAUGAUCGCCGGAUCGGUCCCGGUGAUUUUCUGGCCGGAGACGGCGUACGGUCAGUACCCGUGGUUCUUGCCGGAGGAUACCGAGAGUUAUUCCGUGUUCAUCCACCACGACGGCGUGAGGAACGGGUCGGCGUCCAUUAGAGGGAUCCUGGAGAAGAAUUACAGCAAGGAGAAGAUCAGGAAAAUGAGGGAGAAAGUGGUGGAGACCAUCCCGAGAUUGAUCUAUGCGAGAACGAAGAAGGGAUUCGAUAAUGUUAAGGACGCGUUUGACAUUGCUGUUGAAGGUGCGAUGAGGAGAAUCAGAGAGGACAAGGGAAUGAGUUCGCAGAUUAGAUUGAAUCGUUAAGAUCCCACUACAGGCUCCUUUUUUGAAAUUAUAUGUUCCUGAUUUUGCUGCUCAACAAGAAAGCAACAAUCUUCAU